AGUUCCAAUGAGUGUAAUGAGUGAUUGGGAAGGUCCCGGCAAGGAGAGAAGGGUGUCAGAGAAGUGUGAUAUAGCAGUGACCGUCAUGCAAGGAAUAACAAAUGCAGUGUGUGAUCUAGUGAAACCUUUGCAUCCAUUGUGCUGCCCACUGCCUGCAUGACAAGUGCCCGUGCAAUCACGUAGAAGCAGUUUUAAUAUUGGCGUUUUGCAUUUAUGAAGACAAUGUUUCCUAUGACGAUGAAUCACAAGUAGCGUGUAGCCUACCCAUCUACCUGUGCCGUGUAGCGUGGAGCGGGCUGGCACCGCUUCCUGUUUAGGAUACACAGGAAUUGUGACCAAGGGGAAACCCAAGUUCGUUACGUGUGUGGCGUCACAACCCAAAAGGAAUCGUGACUAGUGACUUAUGUGAAUUACUCUGAAAUGUAUCGAGGGCGUCAGGCAAUACAAGUGUGUUUGUGUAUGGUCAGUUCGGCAAUUGGUAGUGGUGGUGGUGUGCGGCUGAAUGUCUGGCCUGUAGCGGGAUGCAAGGCACGCAUUUCACCGCACCUUCUCUGGCUAGGAUAACUCAAGAUGGACGACGAAGGCUUCCCUCUGCUGUCGCCAGGAGCGAUGCUGCAACCCUCCGAGGAUCGGGCAGAUUCCAUCGAUCAAGAGUCCGGAGAGGCAACAGGCCGCAGGGUUGUAGUCCUGAGAAAGACUCAGCCCAACACUAGACCAUCGUGGGCCGAGUACUCGUUUGCUCGUUCUCGUCUCUUGCACGGUUCCCUCCACCGUAGACGCGAGGCACAGCGCAUACCCAGCAUUCCUCGCAGCAUCACACUUCACCAUGAACUUCCCCGAGUGCCGCCUCUUUGGACCCAAGAGCUGCCCUGUCCUGAUUGUCUGUGCGUGCCGCCGCGCAUCAACCCAGAAGGAGCAGAUCUCAGGAAGGCUGUGUCGAAGGUGCCCUUCAGAGUGCCACAGGCUCAUCCCAAGGCAAAACCCAAGGAGAAGGAAGUGACAAUCAGUAUAUGGAGAGAGUUUUGCCGAGGACCGCUGGUGUACGAGGAUGCCAACUCUUCUUGGAAUGACGUUAAGGACACGUGCCUGUUGUGGCCGCAUCUGCAGGCAUUGUUUGGGAGCAAUGAUUUGAUGGUGCCGUUGUUCUGUGUUUGUCUGGUGCGGCUCGUGCUGCUCAUGCUGAAGGUGUUCGUGCCUUGGAUCGGCCUCCAGCUGUCCUACUUCCACCUGCUGUACGUCCACAUCAAGAUCCACAUGACUGGGGAGAAGAGAGGCGUACAGCCGGUGUUCGUGGGCCCGGCCAGCCAGGGGCCGAUCAUCUACAGCAUCAGGCACCUGUGGUGUCCCUACUGCAGGUACAACAAACAGUGCAAGAUUUAUUCAAGCUAUUUUGACAAAUUAUUGCGGGAGAGACAGAGCAUGGCCACGACAUAGCAGGCUGUCUCUUCUAGCGUGACAGAGUUUGUAGAAAAGAGGUUUUCCAUGGUGGUUUAGAGUGACAGGCGCGACGGAUGUGUCGUGUCGCGUCAUUAUCCCAGGAAGUGUGGCGAGCUGACGUAAAUCCGAUUAUAAGAAAAUUCUCGCCGGAUACGUUGAGGCGCUGAAUGGAAGAUGCGGCGCACCGCCAUGUUCGGUGGAUGAUGGGGAAGAUUACCUUGAAUAUCUUGUCUGAACCUCUCGCAUUUAUUGCAAUAAAUAGCGUGAAGGUGUGAUGGUGGUGGUGGUCCGGAGUGCAUCCCGGCGCCGCCUCUGCCCACUCUGCGUGAGUGGGACGAGAUGGUGAGUCGGCGCCGGCUGGAACACUCAAGUUGUUCCAUCACUGCACAGCACAGUGCUGGAACACCUGCACACAUGCAGGCACCGUCAUGAUGAGUGGUAGGUGUGUGUGUGUGUGUGUGUCGGGCAUACUGUUACUAUUAAAUAAUGCAUAUCA